CCCUGGGUCUAGCACGUGACCCUAUCAUCUGGUCUGUGUAUUCGGAAUUUCCCCUUCUUCGGAUUUGUCACGUGACGGUUUUUUUGGGGGGGGGACUGAUUUAUUAAAAAAAAAUGGCUCGAACUUUUUGUUGGGGUGCAUCGUAUGUUUUGCCCUGUCGAGCUAUUGCCUCAUUAUGAUCCUCGACUGAUCUCGCGUUUAUAUUUGCCCGUUAGGAUGCAUAUCCAGAAUUUAUGACAUAUUAGCUAACAAGGUGUACCUUUCUUCCCACUUCAGUAUAAAGUAACAUUCCAAAACAUUUGAACAACCAUCAUCCUAAUCAGGUGCAGCAAUGUCAACCAACCGGCAUCAAAUGGCCUGGACCUACACUACCUUAUAAUUGGAAGAACAGGAAACCUCGGGCACAGCUCUAAAACCUCUGAUUGGCAUGCUGUAUCACCAAGGCUUGGCUGUGAGAGAGAAGGGGAUUUUGUCUCCGAGUAGGUGUGUGAUUUGUUACAGUCCUCAGAAAUCUUGUCAUUAGUUCAGUCUUUCAUAGUGAUUUAUUUACCUCUGUUUAUUUUCUUUUCUUUGCGUGGACCUUUGCUGCGGUGUGAUGUCUUUGUAUUCUCUGGCAUUUGAAAAGGAGAGCAACCUGUUACAGAGCCACCUUUGUAGCUAUGCCAGAAGCUGUUUAAAAUAACAUUGACAAGUAUGGGUGCCUGUAAGCUCUUGAAGGCUGUGUUAUUCUCUUGUUAAUUAUAAUCCCUGCUAUUUUGCACGUCCAUGCUGCCUUUAUUUCUGUUUGGAACUUCUGCAUUUAAAUAAAACAGUUUAAUUCAUCAUCCACCUCGAGCUAUAAAUAAUUUAAAACAUAAAAGUCACAACCCUUGAAGUUUACAGCAUUACACUUAUUAAUCACUAUAGGUUAACCUGGACCUCCCUCUGUGAUAAAUAAAAUUAAAAAUAUUCCCCUUUCCUUUGCUUCCCUGUGAAACUGCUAAAUAGAACCCCUUCCCUUAUACCAAUCUACUCAUGCUCACAAUCACAUUUUUAUUUCCAAUACAGCUGGCAGUGUCAUGAGGUAGGAACUUCUCUAUAGCAACAGUCCUAUUAUAGAAUGUCAAGAAGUACAUCAUGUUUAAUCUAGGCAAGAUUUACCUGGCUUUCAUUCCUGGUUAGUGGCUAGUGAGUUCAGAGCUGUUUUUCUCAACACAAUUUUCUACGUUUUACAGAAUAUUAUUUGUGCUUCCAUCUACAUUUUAUUUUUGUCCUUUAUUCAUGGUACCUUGAUUUUCUUUUUUGAAUGAACUGAUAUUGAUUUUGAAUGAUUUGAAUUAUGAUGUGAAACCCAACCAAGUUUACGCCAUAUCUUUUUUUUAAAAAGACCACCAUUUUUUUUUAAAAAAGACCACCAAUUUUGUCAUCCAAAAUUGGUUUUUUUUUUAAUGGAGUAAACUUGGUUAGGUUGCUCAAUAGGGCACUUUAUUGAUAUCUCUGCUGCAGUGCCUAUGAAACCAUUUUUAUAGGAGUACUGUUGGUCUGUAAGACUAAAUAGAUUAGCACCAAUUUAUUUAAGGAAUUUUCUUUUUCAUAAAAACCCUUCAUAUUUUGCAGAGGAUUCAUUGCCUAUCAUACUACAGUUUGUAUUUCUUUGCCUAUAGUGCAGAAAAGAGCAUUUUUACCAUGACAUCUACCACCGUUGGAGCUUUUGUUGGUAGAAAUGCAAGAUCCACAAUCUGGCAUCAAAACGCAAAUCCAGAACCUGCCGGACAGCAGCAUUCCGCAUGCUGUGGUUGGUUGUGAUAUACUGCAGUGGAUUAUGAAGCGUUUGGAGAUUACCAAUGAAGAGGGGCUACAUUUGGGAAGUAUGAUCAUCAAGUGUGGGUACAUCUAUCCUCUUCAAGACCGAAGGAAUUUGAAUCUCAGAGGGGAUACCAGUCUCUAUAGAUUCCAGACACCCUACUUUUGGCCAACCCAGCAGUGGGGAGCAGAAGAUACGGAUUAUGCCAUUUACCUAGCAAAGAGAAAUAUUAAGAAGAAAGGAGCGCUAGAAGAUUAUGAAAAGGAACAUUAUAGCAUGUUGAACAAACGCAUCAAUUAUAAAUGGGACUUCAUUAUUAUGCAAGCCAAGGAACAGUACAGCGCAGGAAAGGAACGAACAAAAAAAGACCGGCAUACUUUGGAUUACCAAGAGAAAGCCUACUGGCUGGUGCAACGGACUCCUCCUGGAAUGCAAGAUACACUUGAGUAUGGGUUGGACCGAGCCACAGAUCCUUGUGAAAAUAAGAAAAAAACAAUUGAUGUAUAUAGGACAGAGAUCAUGUAUCUCCAACUGGCCCUCAUGAAGACUGCAACAAAGUCAUCUGUCUCUCUGGGAGGAAUAGUGAAGUACUGUGAACAGUUCUGCUCCAAUGACCCUAUAAUCUCAGGAUGCCUGCCCAGCAACCCUUGGGUUUCUGAUGAUGUAGAUUUUUGGGAACUCAAUGCAAAACUGGUAGAAAUCCCCACCAAGGCACGAGUGGAGAAAUGGGCCUUAAACUUUAGUGAGCUGAUGAAGGACCCCAAAGGACGUCAGAGUUUCCAGCUGUUCCUGAAGAAGGAAUUUAGUGGGGAGAAUCUGGGAUUUUGGGAAGCUUGUGAAGAUUUGAAGUAUGGAGAUCAAUCCAAAGUGAAAGAAAAAGCAGAAGAAAUUUACAAAACCUUCUUGGCUCCAGGAGCAAGACGGUGGAUUAAUAUCGAUAGCACCACUAUGGGCGUUACAGUCAGAGGCCUCAAAAACCCUCAACGUUAUGUCUUAGAUGCUGCACAGACUCAUAUUUACAUGCUCAUGAAAAAGGAUUCUUAUGGUCGCUAUUUAAAGUCUCCGGUAUACAAAGAAAUGUUGUCCAAGGCAAUUGUACCACAAGAAGCAGUUAAAAAAAGCUCUUACAAUCCGUUUGCCCGCAAGCACCUGCGCUCCAGUCCCAGCCCCAUCCUCAUGAGGCAGCUGGAGGAAGAAGCCAAAGCUACAGAAGCAGCCACCAACGUGGACAUCACCCAGGUUAUGAGCAAGCUGGAUCGCAGAAGCCAGCUCAAGCAGGAGGCCCCGCCUGCUAAAUAGGGUCCCGAUAGGGCUGGAGAGCCCAUGGCAGGAGAAAAGCCACAGAGCCAGGAGGAGGAUGCUGGCUGUAUGUAGGGCUGCAUUACCUCCUCCUGGCCUGCAGGUGCCACUGGGGCUUCAUCAUUAGCAAUCUCUCUCCUUGCCUUCCUUCCAUCUACAGUUGGCUGUUGCCAUGGUAUCCAGAACAGUGUCCCUUCAUCAGCCCUUGCUGAUGACAGAAUCCUAGAACACAGGUGGCAAAAAAAAGUCCCCUUACGAGUGUGGCAGUGAUGCUUUUCAUAUCAGAUCAGCUCGCUUUACGCCAUGUUUUCUAUAAACUUCCCUCCCACUUCUACAAACACUACAAAGACUGGAUGCCAUGGCAACCAGCUUCCUGGCCUCUCUAUGCCUGUCAAUAACAAAAGAAAAAAAGGCUGAAGAAUCCUAUUGCAAUAUAUCAGCCAGAUCAGAAUCUUCUUAUCUGGUCAUUGCCCUAGAGAACAACUCAGGAAUUUGAUAAGGAGCAGGCCCUGAGGAAGGAGAUUAGUGGACACAUUUAAAUGAUGGUGCAUAAUCCAGAUUUACUUUAUGGUAUAACCGCUUAAUAUCAUUUAAUCGUCUUUUCCUAUUCAGAAUGGUUUUAUAUUGACCAACGAUGGGUUGUGUUUUACUUUCACUUUAGAAAAUGUUUGCAGAUAAUGUACAGAUUCUUUUUUAGGUUUAAUUAGAACGAUCCACGUUAAUAUGCAGUAAUAGGAUAGCAUCUUUCUUUGGGACAGAUAUUUCAGAUUUCCUAAACAAUUUAAAGAUCCUAGGUGCUCAGAUGCUUAAUUGCUUGCAUGGUUACCAUUUAAAGGAAAGCCUUUAGUGGAUUUUUACAAUUCCACUGGACAAAUGUAUUUUAUAGUAGACAACUCAUAACCUGUUGAGUCAAUAUUUCAGAGAUAUUUCGUUACCCUAACAGAGAAACAGAAUGACCCUAGGCGGGUAAAGAAUCAGCAGGACAGAGAAUGUCUUUUGAUUUUCUGCCAACUUCACAUUCCCUUCCUUGUGAGAAGCUGGCAAGGAGUGCUGAAAAUUACGAUCACAUGGGUAUAGCUGGCUGCAGCAAUGCAGCAGUAUGACGGUACAGCAAGGGUGUCAAACUCAAUUUCAUUGAGGCCACAUCAGCAUUGCGGUUGCCCUCGGGGGGCCAGGUGGAUGUGGCCAGGGUGGGCGUGCAUGGAGUGGGUGUGGCCUACUGGGUGGGC